CUACAUAAGGCCAGACAAAGCACUCUCCAUUGUUCAGUGGCAUUUUGGGAGUCCCAUUGUUCUGUUCAUCACCCAUCUCUUCCAGCUCCAGCUAUGGCACCCAAGAAGGCAAAGAAGAAGUCAGCAGACUCCAACUCCAAUGUGUUUUCUAUUUUUGAGCAGUCUCAGAUCCAGGAGUUCAAGGAGGCCUUCACCAUCAUGGACCAGAACAGAGAUGGAUUCAUUGACAAAAACGACCUGAGGGACACCUUUGCUGCACUGGGGCGGCUCAACGUGAAGCAGGAGGAGAUAGAUGAGAUGCUGAAAGAGGCGUCUGGCCCCGUCAACUUCACCAUCUUCCUCACCAUGUUCGGGGAGAAGCUGAAAGGCGCUGAUCCAGAGGAGACUAUCCUCAACGCUUUUAAAGUAUUUGACCCCGAAGGAAAAGGGGUCCUGAGGAAGGACUUUGUGACAGAGAUGCUGACGACACAAGCGGACAGAUUUACUCCUGAAGAGAUGGAACAGAUGUUUGUAGCCUUCCCACCAGAUGUGGCAGGAAAUCUAGACUACAAAAACCUUGUGCACAUCAUCACACACGGAGAAGAGAAGGACCAGGAGUAACUAACUUACUCCCUGCUCCUUUAGCGUGUCUGUCAAAGAGAUAGAAAUAGAAGCUCUAGACUAGAGAGAAUCUAGAGCUUCUAUUUCUAUGGUCAAAACACAGAUCGGCUGACAUCUAUCAUCUCCAGGCUCCAUCCACGGUCCUGUGUGCUUGCCCCACCCACUUACCUAAUCAGAUCAGGUGCAGCCCCACAGUGGAAGAGGAGGAAAAUGAACAGGGGGAAACUCACUGACCUCUACCUCCUACAAAAGGCUUGACACUUUUCAACUGGCCUCCUUUUGUGAUGCAAUAUGUUUGCCCCUCAUCAGCAGUGGUUAAGGCCAGCUUUUCCCAAACUCGGUCCUCUGGACCCCAAGGGAUGCACGUUUUGGUUUUUGCCCCUAACACUACACAGCU